GUCAAUUAGCUGCAUUUAAAUAAAAUGACAGAAUCCCAAACAGGAAAGUCCGGUUUUCAGAAGCUUUUAGAGCCACAGCUUCCUCAACUUCCUGGAAUUGCUCCUUAUAGAGUUGUCUUGGGAAAUGUAAAGGAUAAGCUUGAGAGGAGCCGUAGACGGUUAGAACUUCUUCUUGAGGAUGUUGCAUGUGACUACGAUCCUUUGGAUUAUUAUGAAACUGCUGACCAGCUUUUGGAACCUCUGCUUCUCUGCUAUGAAUCUCUGCAAUCAUACGGAUCCGGGGUGCUAGCUGAUGGUCGACUUGCUGAUCUCAUUCGUAGAGUUGCUACCUUUGGAAUGGUUCUAAUGAAGCUUGACUUGCGCCAGGAAUCAGGGAGACAUGCUGACACGCUUGAUGCAAUCACAACGUAUUUGGAUAUGGGUACUUACAGUGAAUGGGAUGAAGAAAAGAAAUUAGAUUUCUUAACUAGAGAGCUGAAAGGGAAGAGGCCACUAGUUCCUGUCAGUAUAGAGGUCCCGACUGAUGUUAAAGAAGUCUUGGAUACAUUCCAAAUUGCUGCUGAACUAGGGAGUGAUUCACUUGGAGCUUAUGUGAUCUCUAUGGCCUCAAGUGCAAGUGAUGUUCUUGCAGUUGAGCUUUUACAAAAGGAUGCACGACUCGCUGCUACUGGAGAGUUGGGAAGAGCAUGUCCUGGUGGAACGUUGCGGGUUGUCCCUCUAUUUGAAACCGUGAAGGACCUAAGAGAAGCUGGUUCAGUUAUCCGGAAACUUUUAUCAAUAGAAUGGUACCACGAACACGUCAUUAAGAAUCACAACGGUCAUCAAGAGGUUAUGGUUGGAUAUUCUGAUUCUGGUAAAGAUGCUGGACGCUUCACUGCUGCAUGGGAACUUUACAAAGCUCAGGAGGAUGUUGUUGCUGCUUGCAAUGAUUACGGUAUUAAAGUUACACUGUUCCAUGGCCGUGGAGGCAGUAUUGGCCGGGGUGGUGGCCCUACAUAUCUGGCUAUUCAAUCCCAGCCACCCGGAUCUGUGAUGGUAGGUUAUACAUUUAGCUUUAUCAUUGUUAAUUUUUUUUCUUUCUAAAAAUGUUCUGCUUGA